AUGGAGGGGGGCAGCAACAGCCCGGACAGGCAGUCGUCGGGCGGCAGCCCGGACGAGCGCCGCAGCGGAGGGAGGGGGGCGGGGGAGCCGGUGCGCUCGCGGUGGACGCCCAAGCCGGAGCAGAUACUCAUCCUCGAGUCCAUCUUCAACAGCGGCAUGGUCAACCCGCCCAAGGACGAGACCGUCCGCAUCCGCAAGCUGCUCGAGCGCUUCGGCGCCGUCGGAGACGCCAACGUCUUCUACUGGUUCCAGAACCGUCGUUCUCGCUCACGCCGCCGCCAGCGCCAGAUGCAGGCCGCAGCCGCCGCGGCCGCAGCAGCAGCAGCAGCAGCCUCCUCCGCCACCGCCAAUAGCUUGCCGGCUGCUAGCGCCACCAUCGGUCUUCCAUCCGGCACCGGCUCCGUUCACCCCAUGGCAAUCGGUGGGUGCGCGAGCCAGUACGAGCAGCAGGCGACCUCGUCGUCCUCGUCUGGAAGCACGGGAGGCUCGUCGCUGGGGCCUUUCGCGGCGCACGGCGCGGGGGUGCCGGGUGCCGGCGUUGGGUACCUGCAGGCAUCGUGCGGGACAUCGUCGCCGCUGGCGUCAGGGCUGAUGGCGGACGUCGACACCGGCGGCAGCGACGAUCUCUUCGCCAUCUCGCGUCAGAUGGGAUUCGUUGGGAGCCCCGCCGGACCCUCCUCCUCGGCGCCGAGCACCGCUGUGCAGCAGCAGUACUACUCGUGCCAGUUACCGGCAGCGACGAUCACGGUGUUCAUCAACGGAGUCCCAAUGGAGGUCCCGAGGGGUCCAAUAGACUUGCGAGCCAUGUUUGGCCAGGACGUGGUGCUCCUCCACUCCACCGGGACCCUCCUCCCAGUCAACGACUAUGGCAUUCUGAUUCAGAGCUUGCAAAUGGGAGAAAGCUAUUUUCUGGUAACCAUCCAUAUCGCCUCUCAAGUCCAUUCUUCUUCAUGA